AAGAGAAACUGAGUAGUUUUAUAAACAUUUUGAUAGGUAUUAUGGCAAGAGAUUAAUUAUAACUUUUAGUUCUAUAAUUUAUCGAUCUGUUUGUUAGUUAACAAUGGCACGAGCACUUGUAGGUGUAAAGAGAGUUAUCGAUUAUGCAGUUAAGAUUCGUGUUAAACCAGAUAAGACAGGUGUUGUAACAGAUGGAAUAAAACACUCAAUGAAUCCAUUUGAUGAAAUUGCAAUUGAGGAAGCUGUACGAAUGAAAGAAAAGAAAUUAGUACAGGAGAUAAUUGCAGUUUCAUGUGGACCUCCUCAAUCUCAAGAUGUAAUAAGAACUGCACUUGCAAUGGGUGCUGAUAAAGGAAUUCAUGUUGAAGUAUCUGGACCUGAAUAUGAAACUUUACAACCUGUUCAUGUUUCUAAAAUUUUAGCCAAAUUGGCACAAGAGGAGAAAGCAGAUUUAAUUAUUGUAGGAAAACAAGCUAUAGAUGAUGACAGUAAUCAAACUGCACAAAUGAUUGGCGGUAUUUUAGAUUGGCCAACUGGAACAUUUUGUAGCAAAAUUGAAAAGGAUAACAAUGAAUUAACAGUUACACGUGAGGUUGAUGGAGGUUUAGAGAUUGUUAAAGUAAAAAUGCCAGCAGUUUUAAGUGCUGAUCUUCGCCUUAAUGAACCACGAUAUGCAACACUGCCAAAUAUCAUGAAAGCUAAGAAAAAACCAAUUAAAAAAAUAACAGCAAAAGAUCUUGGUAUAGAUACUGCAGCAAGAAUUGAAAUAUUAUCAGUUGAAGAACCACCAGUCAGACAAGCUGGAGCUAUUGUACCAGAUGUUGAUACAUUAAUUACAAAGUUAAAGGAAAGCGGACAUGUAUAAUUAUAUUAGUACUGAAAAAUCUUGUUAAAACUAUUUUAUGAUAUUUUACAUUUAUUAUACCUUUUAAUAAACUUUGUUAUAUAUAGAACAACUUUUUAUACAUUAUGAGAUGCUAUACAUUAUGU